AUGGCGACCGCUGCUGCGCCGGCCGACGUUUCUCAGACCCAUCCUUAUACGUGCAAUUCCUGCGCGGUUGCCUUCCGUAACAGCGAUGCCCAACGAACACACAUGCGAAGCGACUGGCACCGAUACAACCUGAAACGGAAGGUGGCCGAGUUGCCCCCUGUCUCCUCUGAGGACUACAAUGACAAAGUGCUGGCUGCCCAGGCGACCAACAACGCAGUGGCUGCGCAGGCGGCGUUUGCAACAGUGUGCACCACCUGUCAGAAGACCUACUACAGCGAAAAUGCCUACCAGAACCACCUGGCAAGCAAGUCUCACCGAUUAAGAGAAGUAGCGUCCAGCAGAGGCUCGGCACGAGACACAAAUUCAGUCGUCGACUCGGCUGCAGAUUCAGAACCCAGAGACCCAGCCGCCGAAGCGGAAUUUGAGAAAGUGGUGGCGGGCAUGAAGGAGACUUCGAUCCAAGAAGUCCCUGCAAUCACGCGGAGACCGUCGGCCCCUGGUCCGGACGCUGAGCCGCGAGCAGACCAUCCAAUGUCCCCAGAGAAGCCCGAGGUCCCCUCAAUACCCAUCUCAAGAUGCCUCUUCUGUAACUAUGACUCACCGAACCUCAAGCUCAGCGUCAUGCAUAUGGCCAAGAUACACGGUCUCUUCAUUCCCGAGCAAGAAUUCUUGGUGGACAUGGAAGGCCUCAUCAGGUACAUGCAAGCCAAGGUCCACCAAAACUUUGAAUGUCUGUACUGCCACAAACUGAGAGGCAACGCGGACGGCGUCCAGACGCACAUGCGGGAUAAGAGCCAUUGCAAGAUUGCGUUUGAGACGGAGGAGGAGAUGGUCGAGGUGGGACAAUUCUACGACUUUUCGAGCACGUACUCGGAUGCUGAAGAUUCGGACACGGACAUGGACGGAGUCAAGCCGCACCAAAACGGCGGUGUGAAACUGCAGGGUGGCGAAGCAGCUGAGGAUGACGGCUGGGAGACGGAUUCGUCCUUUUCGUCGCUCGAUACCAAUGAUCUCGCCUCGGUACCAAAUGAUGACCGGACCUCGUCGUAUCAACGGCUUCCCCUGCACAAACAUCACUCCAAUACCGAUCCGAGACCGCACCGGACUGCCGAUGGCUGGCACUCCCACGCUCACCACCACAACAAUGCAGUCUUCUACGAUGAGCACGAAAUGCACCUCCCUAGCGGGCGAGUCGCCGGGCACAGAAGCCUGAGGAAGUACUACCGACAAAAUCUGCACAACUACCCCACGGCUGCAGAACGGAUGGAAAGGGCGCAAAGACUCAUCGAAGAAGGCAGUUCGGAGGAUGCUGAAAUGGAGGACAUGGAUCUCCCGGCCACGCCACCUCGGAACAGUCAGCUGAUGAGACGCGGCGAGGCGGGUAUGCUCGGUGCGACAGCGCAGCAGAGACGUGAUGUUCACUCGCAGGAGAUCAGAGCGAGGCAAAAAGAGCGACGCGCGCAGAAUCGGUAUCAAGCCAAGCUGGAGAAGCAGGCGAAUAGCCAGAAACACUUCAGGGUGAGUCACGAAUGA